UACAAAGUAGCUAUGUACCUACACAAUUUUGAAUCACCAUAACUAUAAUAAGAGCAAGCGCGAAGGCGCAGUACCUACAACAACAAGGAUUUGGGGAUUUUUAAUUCUUUUAUAUCCGUGCAUCAUUAACAACAACAACUCCCAUUUGUACAAUUCACAAGUGUAUACAAAUACCUACCAGUUUCUCUUUCUAUCUACCAACCGUAUAUAGGAAAUGCCAACAACCAUUUCAUCGAUUAAAAUUCGAAAAAUAACAAGAGUUGUGGUAAAUGAAAAAAAUCCCUCAACUUGUUAUUUCAGUUCAGUAUAACAAGUUCAACGUCAUUGUUUGGUCCAUAUGUCUGGUUACGGGGAAAACAUGUGUAGAAUGAAAAAAUUCGCUAUGGAAAAGAAAAUGGUAGUCCUGGCCAAAAUAAGAGAACACAAAGAUAUUCUAUUUGGUGUUUUUUCUGAUACAUUAACUAAACAAAUAAAAAGUGAUAAAUGGAAAGAAGUCUAUGAUGUUGCACGAAGUAUUAAUAUUGUAUCAGCAAGUAAAGAUUGGACCUAUGUUCGAGAUACAUUUUGGCAAAAUUGCCGCAAAUAUACUUUUAUAAAAAUAGAAAACUCAAAGAAAGAAGGAGGAAAAAAAUGUCAACUAACACAAUGUGAUAAAAUUGUACUGGAUAUUGUCGGAAGGGAAUCGACAUGCAUCAAUGGAAUUCAUCUAGAAGAACCCACAGAAGUUAUUUGAUAACAAUUCCAAUGCGAAAAAACCGUUCAAAACAGUUGGUAUAUCUAAAUA